AGAGAUGCCGUCCCGCAACGAUGGCCCGGCGCUUCUCAAGAGGCGAUCAGCGAAGCCGUUUGCUGGAAAUCUACGACUACGACGGCUCACGAAAGCAUAUCUUGAGCCGCUGGAUGAUAAUAAUAAGGAAAUGUCACCGACAGUGGCGAAAAUCGACCAAAUUUAUGAUUUGACACAAGAACUAAUUGUACAAUGCCAAAGUGUAACCAGUGGACUAUUUCCUCGAUAUUCAAAAGAUCGAGAUGUCGGAUAUGUGAAGGAUAGUAUCUACUGUGCAAUGGCCUGUUGGGCUUGCUCGGUGGCUUACAAACGACUCGAUGAUGAUCGUGGAAGACAGACUGAGCUGAGACAAACUGCUGUGAAAACGAUGCGAGGAAUCUUGUUCUCGUGGAUGCAACAGAGCAAAAAUCUCGACGCGUUCAAAUCCCAAAAUUCAUCAGAAUUCGCUCUCCACGCUCGUUUCGAUUUAUCAUCUGGAAUGGGUCUCGAAACGCCGAACGACGAUUUACACUAUGGACAUCUUCAAAUGGAUCUUGUUGCUCUUUAUCUACUCACAUUGGUACAAAUGAUUUCAGCCGGAUGCAAAGUUAUCUAUACUCAUCAUGAAGUGAAUUUCAUUCAAAAUCUCGUUUUCUACAUUGAACGUACCUAUCGUACGCCGGAUUUUGGAAUGUGGGAGCGUGGAACGAGAUAUAAUAAUGGAAAACCUGAACUUCAUGCCAGUAGCUUGGGAAUGGUAAAAGCCGCCCUGGAAGCAAUCAAUGGUUUCAACCUAUACGGCAGUACGGGAACAUCAGCAUCAGUAAUCUACGUGGAUAUUGAUGGGCACAAUCGAAAUCGUACCACUUUUGAGACGAUUCUCCCACGGGAAAGUAACUCGAAAAAUACGGACGCCGCACUUUUGAUGACUGUCGGAUGGCCAGCAUUUGCUACUCACGAUGAGACACUUUUCGAGAAAACUAUGCAAAAAUGUGUGAGAAGGCUUGAAGGUCGAUUCGGAUUGAGAAGAUUCCACCGUGACGGAUUUCGAACAGAGCUCGAGGACAAUAGCAAAAGCUUUUACGAUGAGCAUGAGACGGCUCAAUUUCAGGGCGUCGAAUCGCAGUUUCCCAUCUUCUUGGCGUGUAUAUCCCUAACUGCCUACAUUCGAGCCAAUCAAGAGUACGGUGACAUUUACUUCAAAAAGCUCCAAAAAUGCCUGGUUGCCGAUGAGACGGUCCCCGGCGGAUACAUUGUUCCGGAAUGCUACUGCGUCGACGAAUUCAUCAUGGACAAGGAGCGUGAGCAGCCGAACUCGACGGAGCUCUACGCGUUGAGCCAUCAAGAAUUCGGACAUCAUUUAUGGAGCAAUGCGAUUUAUAUCAUUUUGAUGCUCAAGCGAGAAGGACUCAUUCAUUCGGGAGACAUUGAUCCGAUCAAUCGGCAUUUACCCGCCAGUCAGCGCCCGAAGAUGUUCAAUCGGCACUCGGCUUUUCAGGGAAGUAUGGAAGGUGAUCCAGUGGUGCAGGUGGCUCUAAUCUCCGAAUCUCCACGCCUUCAAAUGAUGCUCUCCACCUACGGAAUCACAACUCAAACUCCUCAUGAAGUGGAGCCCGUUCAAAUUUGGCCGAGUUGGAGGAUGGUUAAGGUCUUCGAAUGUCUGGGCCGAGACAAGAAGCUUGAUCUUUCGGGCCGUCCACAACGUCCAUUCGGUCCAUUGAGUACUUCGAAAGUGUUUCGAGUGUUUGGCGAUACCGUGCUCUGCUAUCCAUUGCUUUUCGAGGUCAAAGACUUUUAUGUGAGCUCGGAUCCGGCGGUUCUCAUUGACGAUAUUAAGAGAGAUAUUGAAUUCGUUGCUCGGAGAUGGAAGCUAGCUGGUCGACCGACAAUGUGUGUGGUGUUGAGAGAGGAAAACGUGGCUGGAGAGUAUUUUGAUCACAUUUUGGAUCUUCUUGUUCAGCUCAAAAAUGGACAUAUCAACGGAAUUCGUGUUCGACUUGGCAGAGUUCAUCAACUCCUCAACUCUUGCUGCAUAGAACACAUUGAUUUCGCGAAUUCCGAUGAUUUGGAAUUUGAUAUCGAUAUAAUGGAGGAGACACACGAUAAUUCGGCAAUCUUUUCGAGAUUAAGUCUUAAAGAGGGUUAUGAUGAUGAUAUGACACAUGAGAAAGAUGUGACACCUCGAACAGAUCACGAACUAUUUCAAAUUAUUGAGAAAGACGAUAUGGAACGGCCAAGACUGUUGGCUUUUGCCAUUUGGAUUCUCUGGUCGAGAACUCACCCGGAUCUUCUUGUACAUAAUUUCACACUCCGCGAACGUCUCGAAAAGGUGUACCGCCGAGCAUGUCAACUCCGUCUCUGGUGGCUUGUUCGUUACUGUGCCGGACGACUUCACAAGGCGAUGAACUCACUGGCUCCAGCUAUCACUAACAUGCUCGUCCGUGGAAAACAAAUCACUCUGGGAGUUCGCAAUCGUCCGGGAGCCCGCGAAGAGAUCAUCGUUCGACCAAUUGCUCCAAGCGAUUUGAAUCGUUUGCUCUUUGAAUGUUGCCCGGCCGAUGAGCCACAAGCGGCGGUUUUCCAUCAAGAAUUGAUUAUUGCUUGUUCGGAUUUGAUGUCCCAUAACCCGCAGGUUUUCGAAGGAGUUCUCACUAUUCGGCUCUCAUGGCUCUCCGACGCAAUUAGUAUGCUCCUGAACUAUGUUCGAAUUACCGGAGCACUAAAGUUUUCCGGUGUGAGCACCGGAACUCCACCAACUCCAGGAACAACUGGAAUUCCUACAGAGCUGGAUUUUAUACGAAAACUGAUUCGUACCAAAUAUCGCCGCGAAAAAGUUAUCGAGGAAUUCAAGAAGAGCUGCAUCUACGACCUAUCUCCAACAGUUGUAAAAGAUGUCGUGACUGCGCUAAUGACAAGAACUAAUUGGCAUUUGUUAUCCUCUCUGCAAACCCGCCGGCUCAACGGAGCACUCAACCGGAUGCCGGUCAACUUUUACGAUCGAGUCUGGACGAUACUGGAAAGAUCAACGCAUGGAAUCAUCAUUGCCGAUCAGUUCCUACCACAACAGCCGACACUCAGCGAUAUGACAAGAUUCGAGUUGACGUUCUCUUAUAAGAUUGAGGCGAUGCUUAGCAGAAUAUCACAUCCUGAGUAUAGGCAGUUGCUCGUUGAGCUCCUCUCGAUCAUCGCCACAAUUCUGGAACGUAACCCGGAAAUCGCGUUCACUCAUUCCCGAAUCGAUUGUGAUAGUUUGAUCAAAAAGGGAUUCGCCCUCUUUGCUGCAGAAGAGGGCAUCAAGGAUCUCAACGAUUUGACACCGUUCUAUCAACUAGAAGGACAGGCUCUCUCCACUUCAACGGCCACGUUUUUGACAAAGGCAGUGGUUGAGUUCAUCCUGGCCGGUCGUCAUUUCUCCCAAGUCAUCAAUAUCUUUGGCGAAGGAACACCCGAAGAAAAGACGCUUCCCAGUCAGCAUCACCGUGGAAAAAUGCCGAAAAUCGCCUAUACUGGUCGUGCGAGUAGUGAGAAGAAGAAACGACACGUCGGAGGAUCAUCAUCAUCAUCGCAGCACCAUCAUCACCAUCAACAACAACAAACCCCACUGCUUCGCCUCGCAACUCCCCUAACACCAGAACCAUCGUCUGGAACUGUGACUCCGCGAGCAAUCACUCCGAGUCCGUUGUCCUCCUCCCUGAAUACAUCCGGCGGCGGGGGACAGGAUGAAAGUUGUCGACUCCAGUAGUAGUCAAAAGACACAAUGCACCACCAUGACACAUCAUCAUCACCAUCACCGUCAACGCCGCCAUAAAAAUUCGUCAAUCGUCGAAAAAAAAAAGUAGAAAUUGUAUUAUUACAAAGUUCAAAGAGAAUCUAUUAUUGCUUGCCAUAUAUUUUAUUCUUAAUGAUUUUUCUUUUUUUCAAUGUUGCCAUAUCUUUAUAGUUUUUUGUUUUUAAUCGAAUAAAUGUUCAAGUUACUUUUAAU